CUUGAGUUCAUGGUCGCGAAAUAUUGACCUGUUACAGUUAAAAAGACUUGACCUCGAAAUCACUGCCUUAUCCUCCUCGCAGGAUCAAAAUAUCCAACGAGAAUAUAUCUCAGCAACAGAGACUGCAUUGCCAAGUUAAUGAUGUAAUUGAAAUGGUCAUUUUUGUGUUGUUUUGAAAAAUGUUUGGUGUUUUGGUUUAAUAAAUCAUCCCUUUGAGUUUCCCUGCUGAAAAGAGAAUUCCAGUGCGUUUCAUUGAACAGACUCGUCGUGCUUUCUUUAGCCAAUUGGGGCUCUCUCCCCAGAACUGGAGGCUUAAUUUUACCCAGCCUCUUUGGCAUUUUGAUUGAUGUUCCCGUGGCUCCAUCCGGCAGGCUAUAGCUAUAAGGGUAAAGGGAGGCAAUGAAAAAAGGCAAUCGUCUGUAGUUCAGUCCUUCUCACACAUGCAGUCAGUGAUAUUAUAUAACGAGAACUGCGUUUUAGUUGCUGUAUGAUAACUUGGGUGAGGUGGAGGAUCCUAGACUCGCAGGAGCGCGCGCGGCUCUCCACAUCAUGGAUCAUAUGGGAGCGCAUCUCCACCAGACGCACGCAGACACCAUCAGUUUUGGGAUCGAUCAGAUUCUUAACAAUGCAGACCAGGGGAGCUGCAUGAUCUCCAGUCCCAGAAUGCAGGACCUGGACUACGGUUUAGGCUGCAUAGUCAGCACAGCCUAUAAUACCAUGACUGGCAACUACAAUGUCAAUAACUCGGCUGGAUACAAUGGAAACUCGUGCAGCGUUGGCUCCCUCAACGGCUCGUACAACAUGAAUUUUGGCACGAAUGUUAAUGGGAAUUGCCUUAAUUCUUCGGGAGUGAUCCGGGUUCCAGCGCACCGGCCGCUGGGCAGCGUUCACUCGUCCAUUCCCACCAGCGCUGCCACGGUGCCAAGUAUGGGAAGCAUGGGCACCAUUAACAAUCUCACGGGAUUAUCGUUUCCGUGGAUGGAGAGUAACAGAAGAUUUACCAAAGACAGAUUUACAGGUCACCCGUACCAGAACCGAACGCCUCCGAAGAAGAAGAAGCCCCGGACGUCGUUCACGCGCCUCCAGAUCUGCGAGCUGGAGAAACGCUUCCACCGUCAGAAGUAUCUGGCGUCAGCUGAGAGGGCAGCAUUAGCGAAAGCACUUAAAAUGACUGAUGCGCAGGUCAAAACAUGGUUCCAGAACAGAAGAACGAAAUGGAGGCGGCAGACAGCAGAGGAGAGAGAAGCCGAGCGACAGCAAGCGAACCGAAUACUUAUGCAACUUCAGCAAGAAGCUUUUCAAAAGACUAUAAACCAACCUGUUACUCCGGACCCAAUCUGCCUCCACAACAGCUCUCUAUUCGCACUUCAGAACCUCCAGCCCUGGACUGAGAACACGGCAAAAAUCAGCAGCGUUCCCAACACCGAUUAAAAGACUUUAUGGACGUGCGAUGUACAGAGGAAUAUCUCAGCAUCACAUUACUUUCUUGUUUUUACCGUAAUAUCAGUCUUGAAUCGAACCUAAAAUAUGCAGCUUGUGUAAAACAGCUAGAAAACUUCCUGCUCUCCGUUACAGCCGUGUAUACCUAUUUUUUUUUUUUUGAUUGAUUUUAUCAUUUCGAUUUCAACCAAAUGUAAACAUAAAAGACUGUCGUAUUUCGUUUGUAUCAAAAACAUUAAGUUUAUUUUGUACACUUCCAAUAGCCUAACGUUUGAGGUAACACUUUAUAAUAAUUUUCAUGAAGUUACAAAAUAUUAGGCUACAAAUAAAGUAUUCAAAAACCAAACGAACAUCCGAUUACUCGCAGAGUAAUGGGUUGUUUUCAGAAUGGGCUAUUAAUUUAAGUACCUACUAUUUAAAGAAUCGUCAUAUAUCAAAUAGUGCCCAGAAUUAUGGUAAAUAUAAUUCAAGAACACACAGGAAUGUCACCAAGCAGACUACUGCUUGAUUUGUUGAAUAUCUAAAGCAAAACGCGCACCUCUCUGUUGUGCAUGGAAAUCCUGUGAGCUUUGUUAUAAUUAAUAUCCUUGUCAUUACUGUCAGGAAUAGACACAUGCAGGGUGGAAAGAUACGACCCCACUCUCUGUCGGCCCCACCCUGAGAAGCUUGCACCUCUUUAACCCGCAAACAAGUGAAAAUUAAAUUUUAGGCUAUGCUUGAGGCCCUCCUUGCCAAAAUUAGUGUGAUUAAACUUACAGACCAUCUGACAGUUCACAGCCAAGAGUCCCUCAGUUAGUGUAGAUAGAAGUGUCGUGUAAAUGUAUAGGCUAUACUUAAAACACUGACAAAAGUAUAGUUAGCUAUUCUGCUUAUAUCGGUUCUUGGAAUUAAAAUUUCUAAUUGUAAAUUUCUUUAAAUUUAAAUAUCUAUUUUUAAACUAAAACGUAGGCUAUUUUAAUAGUUUUAAAUAGGGAAUUAUGGGUAAAAAGCUAAAAUUGAUGAAGAGGCACCGGAUACAGCGCGUUCUUGUGUUAUAAACUCCUUAAAGAAAAGAACGAGCGUUCGUAACCUCGUUAAGUAGCCAAAGCUUUAUUUGAACAAAUGUACUGUUUUAACUGCAUUCAACUAGUAAUCUGAUUAGCAUUACAUAUUGUUAUGAUUAUGAACAAACCUGUGAAUUAAAAUAUAUUCUACAGGAAAAAUGGGCCUGAACGAUUGUAAUUAUUCAUUCUUGAGAUAGUAAUUUUUCCAGAGGCGUGAUAUAAAUUGCAACAGCACUUGUUAUAGAAAUAUGUUGCUGACGUUACAAAAAGAUUAUUCGUUAGCAAAUAUACUUCUUUUUACAUUAUUUGUAAAUAUUUUUUUCUGUGUUACACUUAUGCUAAAUGUUGUCGGGAACCAUCAGAAGCAAUGACCCCAAAUAUUCCAGCCAUUCUUAGAAAUUAAAGAGACAAAGACGAAAUAUCAGUGCUCAGUAACACCUUUACUUAAGUCUAUUCUUAUUUUGACUGAAUUUUCAUUUCACACAACCAACAGUAUAUCAAAAGGCAGAUCAGCUUGGUAGCACUGAUAUGUUUAUUAUUCGUUUACUUGGCUGUGAUUACAAGAUUUGUAUUUGUCCUUCACUUUAUUCAGUGAUGUCGGCGUGACCUAUAUAAAUUAUAUUUUAUUAUAGCUUGAUAUGAAUGAUUAAAUAUCUGUGGUCAUGUCUAAGAUUGGGUCAUUGUAAAUGUUUGAAUUGUUUAGCGUUUUUUGUUGAAUAAUAGGGCUAAUAGGCAAUAGCAACACAGGUUUUGUCAUUGUGGAGAAAUCCCAGAUAGCCUAUCUGUGAUGAAUCUAUACUCAAGUGAAUGACAGUUUUGGUUGCAUGAUAAAUGGAUGUUUUGUUUUUUUCUGUUCUAUUGGAGAGUGCAAAAGUAUGUUUAUGAUAACUAUGUGCAGAUGUGACGGUGUUCCUGAAAAUAACCAGAAGCGUAGGCUAUCCAAAAAUGCAUCGGAAGGUGGUUUAAGUUUCAUCAUCUCUUCCGAAAUAGUAUGAUGUGUUACAUAAGUGUCGUUUAAAAAGUUCCAGAAUGUCAAGAGAUGGAAGUCAUUUAGGUAAGUAACUACACGAACGUGGGGAAAUAGGGCCAUCUCCUUAUAGAGCUCCAAAUCAUAAGACACACGAAAAGGUUGAUUUUAUAAAGGCUUUAUAACAUAUAAACAUCUUAAUAUCUUAGUCUUUUAAAAGCAUUAUAUUUUUUUAAAAAGUAUGUAACUCCUUGAUAGUUGCGUAGGUCCUACCUACAAUUAGGUCUAACAGUAUUUCCCACAGUAUUAAUUGCUAUUAAUAUGAGGAAUAGCCUACAAUUUUCCGAAAACACUUUACCAUCUGUGGCUUUGAUAAAAAUAAUUCUAGCUAAGAGUGUGAAACAUUUUGGAAAAAAGUGCGGGUGCAUUUACCAAUUGUUGCAUU